GCAAUAGUCUCACAAAAUGAACCCAAUAGAUAAGGACCAUAGAAAUGCUUGAAACUACUGAGGUACGGUGAAAAAACAAGUGAUGUCUUAACAUAGAGGUCACAAAUACUAAUUAUACAUAAGUGUCGUGCUUGAUCUUUGCAAAAUGCAGUAAACAAGUGCAUUGAUUCUUAAUACUUACCGGAUGAGCCAAACGGACUGCCUUCGUCGCUAGAAUCUGAUCCUCUAUUGAAGGCCUGGAAAUUUGAGUCGGGAUAAGGGGAGGUGGUAUUAGCUCGACUUGGUGGUACUGAAGCAUAAGUCAUCGGAUCAGGUGUGGCUGGCUUUGGGGUAAGACCUUGUGCUUCAAACGUUUGGUGUGCUGCCUUUUCCUUGGCCAUUUUAGCCCUAUGCAAAACCUCUUCCUACAUUCGUGUGUUAAAAAACCCUGUCAGUAUAAGAACUUCUCUAUUGCUGAGAUAUCCGGGGGAAAUAAACCAUCAAUCACAUUGAGAUCCUCUUGGCUUCUAUCACUUUUUCAUCGGUGAGAUUCUUACUGAGAGAAGGGAGGAAGAGUUCUAUUUAGAAUUAAUUUAGAUCCUGAAUUAAUUCAAACAAGUUUCUAUCAUUUGGUAUCGGAGCGCUCGUUACUCGAUCCCGAUGGUGAUUACCCGUUGUCCCAUUCAAACGCUGCCCACGGUGAGGACGGUGGAUCCAGCGAGCAAUCAGCACACGAAGUUACUCCGCAGAACAACACUCUAGCACAAAUCGCUGCCAAGCUUUCUGUGUUAGAUGACCUUAAGGCAGAAGUGACUGCCCUGAAAGUGCAGGUUAGAAGUACUUCUGGGAAGACAAAGAUGAGGCAGUAUACGGACGAUUCUGGCGAUGAAAACGAUCACCACCGCCGAUUUCCCAGAUCCAAAGUUGAGUUCCCUAAAUUCAGCGGCGGAGAUCCACGGGGCUGGGUGUCGAAGGCUGAAAAGUACUUUCGUUACUAUGGAACAUCAGAAGAAGAUAAGGUUGAGAUAGCGGCCAUGCACCUGGAGGGUGACGCUCUCGACUUGUUCUCCUGGAUCAUUGCCGAAAGGACGCUCUUGUACUGGGAGGAAUUCAUCAAAAUCAUUGAGGAGCAUUAUGGACCGCCAGAAUACUUGAACCCAGACGAACACCUUGUCUUAAUCAAACAAACAGGCUCCGUACAGGACUAUCGUCAAGAGUGGGCGAGAAGGGUUGCUCGAGUCCGAAACUGGCCUGACCAUUGUCUCUGGGGUGUCUUUAUUGCUGGUUUGAGAGAGGAUUUGAGGUCGGAGGUCAGAAUCCACAAACCCCCAAAUUUGUGUUCAGGGCUUCUAGUCUAGCCCUUGAGUUAGAGAAACGGAAUGCACCUGUGCAUUUCAAGACAAGUUCUAUGGGAUCAGGUCAGGGUGCUGGUUCUGAUUCUACCAUUGACCCAAACCGAGAGGUAAAAAACUUGUCCCAAUCUCACUCGCCCCAGCCACUUGCAUUCUCAGGAUCUUCAAGCUCAACACCAUCCUUGCCCGUUUCGAGAUUUAGUAGGGACGAGUCGAUGAAGCUGCAACGCAGGGAUAAAGGACUUUGCUAUCGGUGUGGCGAUCCCUUUAGGCCGGGUCACCGUUGUUCGACUUCAUCCACUACCUUCUCCUUGAUGGAAGUUGAUGAGGAAGGUAACCCGAUGAAUCCCAAGCAUGUUCCCAUUGAUGGGGAGGCAAAAGAGGAGGAAGUGUCCUUUAAUGCAAUUCUGGGAACACCAACGUCCGCCACAAUGAUAUUAAGUGGAAACUUACAUGGACAUGAAGUUCUCAUGUUAAUUGAUAGCGGUUCAACACACAACUUCAUCUCUGAAAAACUUGUGGAGCAACUUAAGCUACCUGUUUCCUCUAUUCAGACAAUUGGGGUACAGGUAAGAGACGGUUUUAUUAUUCGGUGUGAUCAGAUUUGCAAAUCCAUUUCAGUUAAGCUUCCAGGUUUGACUCUUACACAAGAUUUUUACCCAUUUCCACUAGCUCAUUCUGACAUGGUUCUUGGAAUCAAACGGUUAGCCUCUCUGAAUACCAUUCAAGCAAACUGGAAUGAAAUGUCUCUGAUUUUUUGGGUUGACGGAAAGCGAUAUAAAUUACAAGGCAUCUCGAAAGUUGAUCAAAGAAGUAGAUUAAAUUCAAUAGUCUGUCGUCAUCUGAAUGACUUAAUGCAACACCAACAUCCAAACUUCCACCGUGAGGACAAGGUGUCUUUCAGAGCGGGGAGUAAUGAUAAGAUCCGGAUCAGUGAUAGCAGAAGGCCACCUUAAUUAUAAUAUUAGGUGUGGGAUAAUUAAGUUUGUUACUAUUUUAAAUUUAUUAAAUAAAAGGACUCUCAGGUUAUUAGGUUAUUAGGAUUCCUGAGGCCCUAUGAUAGCUUAGCUAGUUAGAACUUAUUACUUCAUUCUCUUGAUCUUAUCCGAUCAGUUUGAUCUUAUCCAUUUGUUAGAGUUGUUAUAAAUAUCCCAGCUUCUCUAUUGCUGAGAUAUCCGGGGAAAAUAAACCAUCAAUCACAUUGAGAUCCUCUUGGCUUCUAUCACUUUUUCAUCGGUGAGAUUCUUACUAAGAGAAGGGAGGGAGAGUUCUAUUUAGAAUUAAUUUAGAUCCUGAAUUAAUUCAAACAGGUUUCUAUCACUCUCUGUCCCGGAUCAUAUUAACCUCUUGCUAAUCGGGGUUCACCUCUUUGGACUUAGCUUGGCUCGAGAAGCACAGUGAAAAGGUGGACAUUGAGAGGAAUCUUGAUAUGUCUGAAGAGGUUAAUGAAGCAUACGAGCAGCAAAUAGUCGUUGGGUACAAAUUUCCCAGGGGUAAUUUGGUAGUUUAUGAGGAAGUCCACCACGAAAGGGUUGAGAGGAAGCCACAGCCCAAACACCAUCAAGUAAUGGACUUCAUGUGUUACAUAACAUUCUCCCACUCCAGCUCGUAUUUAUUCAUAAUUUUACUGUCACGUAAGGACUAACCACAACACAACACUUAACCUGCCAGCGACGAUGGUUGAACAUUCCAACGCUUCACCAUUCUCAUACAGUAUCUAGGUUGGUUUUCAGCAAUAAAGUAGUACGUCACUGAUUUACAUAGCUAAAUAUGUUGAUUUUAAUUCGUUCGUUUGGGACAAUUGU